UCUAGCGAAAUCGAAGUAAUGAAUGACAACGAUCUCAAGAAUGAACUCUGUCAGAUUGAGAAAGAAAUCAAUUGUUAUAAGCCAAUGUUGCAAAACUACCGCAACGAGUACGAGAAUAUAGAAACGGAAAUUUGCGACGUCAGGCAAUUGCAGCGGAAAGCGCAAUUCGUGUUGGAUAAUGUGAGAUUGGAGGAGGAGGAUCUUUGUGAGCGUUUGAAGAACAUACAUCUCAACUACAAGGCGUGCAUAGAAAAAUCGGGCUACAAAGAUCCAAACGAAAUGAUUCGUAUAAAGAUAAACGAACUGACGACGCAGAGGAAGAACCUGCUGGAAGAACUGGUACAAAUGAAAAGAAAAGCAGAUGACAAUAGAAAGAAGCUCGCUCGUGUAAAUGCCAUGAUCGCAGAACAAGAAAAAAAGAACGUGAUAGAUAUUCAAGAAUUGAAGGAGAUUUCCGAGAACGCCGUAUCCAUUUCGCCAGAUAUAAAGAAACAGAUAGAUACUGUUUUGAAAAAUCUCAAGAAAUAAAUGAAA